UGAAUUGUGAAUGCGAAGCAUGCUCGAUUGGCGUGCGAUUCUGUAGACACCGGCCUUAGUGGGGCGCACGACGACCGUCUCGAGGCGGAGGAACUGUGCCAGUCGGUGUUUUGGUAUCAUGCUGUUCAGAUCCACUCCGACCGCGGACCUUUUCACAACGUAGCAGGAAUCGCAGCGCAAAGGCCGCUGUGCAGUGUUGUGUAAUCUACUGAUAAGGAGCACCGUGAGAAAAGGUGUCCGAGUGACAAUAUGAGGAGUUCCAGUGGAAUUGCGUGGACGUGCAUUUGGAUCUGCUGCCUCGUAACCGAGAUUAUAUCAUCGGAGACGUCAUCCUGGGAAUUUGCCGUGACCACAAAGAGCAAAAUCAUAUUCUACGAUAAGAACUGGACAGAAUUAACCACUGCCGCUCAGCAAUUCGACGCCCUGUCGGCGAUAGUGUACGAUGAGACUGAGGACAAUAUCUUUUUCAACGACCAGGAGGAGGCUAAGAGCAGCAUUUUCCAGCUGAAGCUGUCGACCAGCGAUGAAAAUCACAUUGUGCGCAAGAUGGUGCAGAAGGUGCAAAAGGAGCACAUCCAAGGCCUCGCAUAUGAUCCAUUGAACAGGACGCUAUAUUGGACGGACGCGAGGAACCACCGAAUCUACCAGGCGACACUGGAUGAUGAUGGAAACAUGGGACUUCCGAGCAUCUUCAUGCAAUUCAGCGAGGAAGUUCCGCGCGGAAUCGCUGUAGACAUUUGCCGGAGGAAGCUUUACUGGACCAACUCCAACUACAUGAACGGAUCCAUCGAGAGAGCGUCACUGAAUGGGCAGAAGCGCGAGGUGUUGAUAAAGGAUGUGCACAUGCCGACGGGAAUUGUGGUGGAUUAUUUCACCGACAAGAUCUUUUGGCUGGACAACCGAGCGGGAAACCACUUUACGCUGGAGAGUGCUUCUCUGGUCGGCAGCCAGCGUGAGGUGAUCAUCGAGAGUCUGUACAAUAAUCCUGUGGACCUCGUUGUGGACAGAGAUUACAUUUACUGGACGGAAUUUUACCAGGAAUCCGUCUGGAAGGUGUCCAAGGUGGCGAGCGGAAAGGAAGAGGCCAUGAAGAUCCUCUCCAAUUUCACCUCAACACCUCGUGGGAUCAUCAUCAGGACGGACUUCCUACAGAACCACCAGAACAACCCACUCUGUCGCAAAGUGAUCAAAGAGAUUCGCGAGAGACUGUCCUCUCCGGCGUUGCCAGAAGUAGACAACCUGCAGGAUGCGCCGGAACAGAAGCCGGAAUUGCAGUGCCUCAACCAGGGCGUCCCCAACACCGCCACCAAACGCUGCCUGUGCCAGAAUGGCUUCACUGGCGAGCACUGCGAAGUGCCGCUCUGCUACAACUACUGCGUCCACGGGAAGUGCUUCAUCUCCAGCGCUGGCUAUGCUGAAUGCAAGUGCGAUCCGGGGUUCCGUGGGCAGCGAUGCGAGGAGGAUGUGUGCUCGGGAUUCUGCCUGAAUGGCGGGCGAUGUGGUCUGGAGAGAGCGGAGCCUGUGUGUCACUGCUCGAGCCUGUACAGUGGUCGACACUGUGAAGUGAUGAAGACUGGCGAGGAGAUUUGCAGGAACUUCUGCGACAGUGGAUUCGUGUAUCCAGAUCUGCCGUGGAACAUGCCUCAAGUUUGUGGAGAUUGCUCUGUAAAUGGCACUCAAUCGCAGUUGUUGAACGUUGGCCAGGAAGACAGAGAGGAGCUUGAUGAUCAGAAGACGAUAAAGAUGAUCUGGUUCAUCUUGGUUUCCGUCAUGCUGACCGUUUUGCUGCUCCUCAACGGCAUUUACUUCUUCAUGUGGCGCUUCCAGAAGCCCGUGAGGCCCAAGAUCAAGAAGACAUACGUGGUGAGGAAGAACCUCACGCCACUCACGUGUCGUCCAAGCGGUGCUGAGCAGCAGUGUGAGAUCACAAUCGAGAACUGCUGCAACAUGAACGUGUGUGAUACGCCCUGCUUCGAUCCAAAGGCACUGCAGGAAGAGAUGCAGAAAGAGAGUCGUAAGGAGGACAAGAAGAAGCUCCUCCGUCACAUGGUGGACACGAAUGGGGAUUUGUAUUAGGGGUGAAAGCGGUGAAAGUGGUCUAAGUUAUCGAAUAAUUUAUAAUUUGUGGAAUUUUGCCACGUUUAAUGUGGUGAAAAUGCAGUUUUCAUGCGCUCCUAAAUUCAAAAGUGAAGGAAUCAAAAUUGUGAAUUUUUUUUUAAAUAGUAUUAAUAGGAGGAAAUCUAGGAAGAAUUAUUACAAUUUGGGCAUUUUAUGAAAGCAUCAAAAGCGCUAUUUAUUUGAAGAGUAACAUUUUAUUUUCGCCUUUUGUAUCUUAAUCUCUCUCUCGUCAGGAAUUGCAAGAUUACUUAACAUAGUGCUGAGGCAACUUAAAAGACAACCGAAAUACCUGUUACGAUUAUACCGAGGAUUAUACUUAAUUUUAUUGAUGGAAUACCAGCCCUUAGUUCCUUUUCUAGAUGUGUAAUUGUGAAUUGAAAGACGGCCAAAAAGCGAAUUUAUUAAUUGUGGUUAAUGGCAAGUGCUGCAGCUUUAGUGAUUUAGUUAACAAUUGAACCUGCCUGAGGCACAAGUGCUGCUUUCUUCCUUAAUUUUCUUGAUAAAUAAUUUUGUGCGUUGCCAAGAAAAUGUAUCCCAAAACGAAGUGUCGGUUUAUCGAAGAAGCAAAAGCAAAGACUGUGGAAUAUCCACAUGAGAAAUGUGAUAUUACACUUACAACAUAUACUAGAGAAUAUGUAUAGAAAAAAUUCAUAGUGUAUUUUCAAUUGAAACACGCGAAAUAAAGUGAUUUUAUAA